UUCUCCCUCGGAAAUCAAUCAUUGCAACUUCCCAGAAAAAAAAAAUUAUCAAUCUUCAAUGCUGGCAACAUCAGUUUUUCCUUCUAAACCCUCAAUUUGCUUCCAAUCCCACCACCGCCACAUGUCUAUACGCUCCGCCGUGGCCCAGGAAGCGCCGCUGGCCGCGGUGGCAGUGGACAAGGGAAGCCUGUACGAGGUUCUGCGGGUGAAACACAACGCAUCUCAAACGGAAAUCAAGACGGCAUACCGAACGCUUGCGAAGAUAUACCACCCCGAUGCCACAUCGCGUUUUAUGAAUUCAUCGAUUUGUUCGCCUUCAUCAUCGGAUGGUCGGAAUUUCAUUGAGAUCCAUAACGCCUACAGCACGUUGUCGGAUCCUGAGGCCCGGGCGGUCUAUGACUUGAAAUUGUGCACCGGAUCUCAACGGAGGAGACCGCAAUCUUCGAGUGUUUCUGGAUUUAGGAGUCCGGGUAGGACGAGAUUUAACUCGACUCGAAGGUGGGAAACGGAUCAGUGUUGGUGAUUCUGUACGCUUGUUAUUAAAAAUUAUCCAUUAUGUGGUGAAUUAGUAGUGGAUAAAUCUUAUGUAAAUUCUUCUUCUCCUCCUUCCCUUUUGUUUUCCUUUCAUUUUUAUUCGAGGAAACAAAUAUAUUUAGCCCUUUUCUUUAA